GUCGGUGUGGCGACCUCGGACCUCGGAUUACCCCUCAGAUGGGGUAAUGCAAAGGACCAAGACAACAGAUGAGUAUAGAAGCACUGAUUGUAUGAAUAUACCAAAACACAAACAGCAAAAUGAAAGACGACGAUAGUACUCACUCCAAGGAGAGCAGAAAUGGGGAUUCGCAAUCCAAAAGAGCUACAGAAAGACUGAACCAAGUCUCAUCGCACAUUUCACCGACAGAAAACGCAAACCAGAAAAAGAAAAAGGCCAAUUCAAAAUCUACAACAUCACGUCUCCCAGCAGACUACUCAGACGUUCUCUCUCAAAUCGAUGCACUCCGUGCGAUUGCCUCAAAGCCCGAUCCUAAUAAUCGAGGCUAUGUCCGACAAAAACAAGCCGGCAAGCUCUGGGUACGCGAGCGCAUCGAGCAACUCCUCGACGCAGGCAGUUUCCAAGAAAUAGGCUCUGUUUCAGGAACAGUAAAAUGGAAACAGACCGGGCCUAUGCGCGAGACACCUGAUGCCUUUGUCCCCAGUAACAAUGUACAGGGUAUGGGCAAGCUCCGGGGUCGAAAGGUCUUGCUUACGGCGGAUGAUUUUAGCAUUCGCGGAGGCCAUGCUGAUGGAUCGACGGCGGGGAAGACGAUCUAUCUAGAGAAACUGGCUAUUGCGUUGAAGCUGCCUGUUGUUAAGUUGGUAGAUGGGUCGUCGGGAGGGGGGAGUGUUACGACGAUUCGCAAGGAGGGAUGGAGCUAUCUUCCCCAUCUUCCAAUGUUCAAACAUGUGGUACAGCAGUUGAACAUGGGUAUUCCUAAUCUGGGAGCGGUUGUUGGGCCUGCUAUUGGUCUUGGUGCAGCAAGAGUCGUUUCUUGUCACUUUUCCGUCAUGGCUGCAGAUAUCGGAUGUCUGUUUAAUGCAGGCCCAAAGGUUGUUGAGGGAGCCACAUUUGAAGAGGAUCUUGAUUUCCAAGAUCUAGGAGGCCCAAUGAUCCACUGUACGAAUGGGACAGUCGACAAUCUAGCUGCCAACGAAGCAGAAUGUUACGAGCAGCUACGGACGGUGUUGAGCUAUCUCCCCAAUUCAGGGAAUGAGGCACCACCGGUGAUUCACUGCGAAGAUCCUGAAAAUCGUGAGGAUGUGGGCUUGCGGAGUAUCAUCCCCCGAAGACAAACGCGGAUGUAUAGCCCCAGAACGAUCAUCCUGAGCGUGGUUGAUCAGGGAUCGUGGUUUGAGAUUGGACCACUCUGGGGACGGACAGCUAUCGGUGGACUGGCUCGACUGGGAGGACGGCCCGUGGGAAUUAUCUCGCUGAACUGCGAAGUCAACGGGGGAGCCUUGGACGCAGCAGGAAGUCAGAAACUAGAACGUUUACUGAAACUAUGCGAUGUGAUGAACUUGCCGGUAUUACAGUUCAUCGACGUUCCCGGAUACGCCAUCGGCACCGUAGCGGAACGAACAGCAACGAUGCGCUGGGGGGUAGAACUCGCCAAAACCUACUUCUCAACCACGAUGCCGAUAUUCAACGUCGUUACCCGCCGCGUCUUUGGCGUAGCAGGAGGCAUUAUGAUCGGAUCUCGCGAUCCAGUCAUGCAGGUAGCCUGGCCAUCAGGACAAUGGGGAUCCCUACCACUCGACGGAGGCAUUGAAGUCGGCCAUCGCCAUGAGCUUCGCCAGGCGGAGAAGCAAGGCAAGAAAGAAGAGCGCUACCGUGAGUUGGAGGAGGAGUAUUUGCGGUUGAUGAACCCGGUGCGGACGGCGAAUGCGUUUGGGAUAGAGGAGAUGAUUGACCCGAAGGAUACGCGGGGGGUAUGUUGUGCAUGGGCACGACAUAUGUAUAGUUUGAUGGGGGAGAGAUUGGCUGAUAGGCAGAAUGGGAGGAUUCAUCCUGUUUUUGCUUGAACUUAGUAAGUCGGUGUGGUUUAGGUAGACUGGUGAAGGAAUGCUGAUGUAGAUCAGAUAGUCCAGAUGAGAUUCAAUCUACAGAUAUUAUGAAAAUAUUAUAUCGAAAC